AUGAGAGUGUUGUAUGAUGGGCUUUGUCCCAUAUGUGUGACGGAGAUCCGGUUCCUCCAGUUCCUGCAGAAAAACCGGCCUGGGAGGGUAGAUUUCGUCGACAUUUCGCUUUCAGGCUAUGAUGGAGAGAAAUACAAGGGUGUCACCUAUGAGAUGGCCAUGGAGGAAAUGCAUGUGAUUGAUGAGAAAGAUGAGGUUCAUCGUGGAGUCCCAGCAUUUGCAGUCAUGUACAGCGCAGUGGGCCUCGGUUGGUUGGGUCGCUUCAUGAUGUGGCCACCUGUGAGACCAUUAAUGGACAAGUCCUAUACCAUCUUCGCCCAGAAUCGUUUAAAGUGGACUGGACGUGGGGAGGAGUGCACCACGGGACGCUGUGAAAAGAAAACACCUUGACUAUUGCCAGCAGAAAAAAAUAAAGUAUGUUAAAUAAGUAAAUUGACUGUGAAGAAGAACUGUAUAAUACCACGUGGCUGGUCCUGUUUAACCAGCUGCGUCUGUGAAAGUUGUAUAAUGGAAAUAUCAGCU